GAAGGAGACAGUAGUAGAAGAAGAAGAAAAAAGUAGGAGGAGAAGAAGAAGAAGGAAGAAGAGAAGGUAGUGAAGAAACACCGUAGAGACUGAGAAAACAGAGACACACCAGGAUGGCCAGCGUAAGUCAGGUCAUGCGUAGCAGAGCUAGACUAGUCAGUUACCUCCCAGGACUUCAGGUGUUGGUACGUCAUGUGACUGGAGCCAGAGCCUUUUCUGGUGCUGUAUCCUCAGGCUCUGAUGAGCCCCACAUAGCCAUCACUGCUUUUAACAUGGGACCGCGAACAGUGUGGCCUGAUGAGAACAUGGGGCCUUUUGGACCUCAGGACCAACACUUCCAGCUCCCUGGUGAUGUGGCUUUUGAUUGCCACCUGGAAGGACAAUCAGAGCAGAAGAAGAGCUUGGCACACAACAUGAUCCCUGAUGUGCUUCCUCCCCUGUCCAUCAGUGUGAGACAUGAGCUCAUAUUGACCCAGUUUGUCGGAGACUUCUUUGAGAAAGAUAACCCUACUUCAUCUCAGAUUGUCAGCAGACCUGAACAGUACUUUGACAACUGCAGUGUGGAGUGUGCCAUACAGUUCUGCCCUGAACUACUGAAGAAAGAUUUCCAGUCCAUGUUUCCUGAGGCUCCAUCCUCUGAUAUGAUGGUGAUCACGGUGACCCAAAAGACCCAGAAUGAUAUGACAUCAUGGUGUACUGAUGUGGAACUGGAGAGAGAACAUAUGCUUGACAAGUUUGUUGAUGGAGCAAAGGUGAUUUGCUACGCUCUGCAGAGAGAAGGAUUCUGGGCUGACUUCAUCGACCCAUCCUCUGGCUUGGCGUUUUUUGGCUCAUACACCAACAACACACUGUUUGAGACAGACGAGAGAUACCGUCACCUGGGCUUUCAGAUCGAGGACUUGGGUUGCUGCAGAGUUAUCCGCCAUUCUUUGUGGGGAACACAUGUUUUUGUGGGAACAAUAUUCACCAAUGCACCAUCCAACAGCCUUAUCAUGAUGAAGUUGCAGGGCAGCUGAACAAGCUCAGGGGGACUGUGUUGCCAUUAAAACUUAUAUACACUUUUUAUUAAAAUGAUGACACUUCAGUCAAGAAUAUCAUGACCAGAGUUCUUUAAGAGCAUCAUAACCUGACUCCUCAGGGUUUUAUAAAUUUUUACAGAACCUCUCUGGGGUCAACUGAGAAAAGAAAGCAGUCAUGUGUGAAAGGAUAGGGUUCUUUAUUCUGUUUUGUAAUCCAUGCCGUUUGUCAUUACUGACUUCCAUCCAUGUGCCUUUGUAUUGAAUGCAAUUUUGACUAAGGGCAACUUAUUUUGCCAAUAACCCAUGUUAUUGUAACAGUUUCCCCCAGGGAUCAAUAAAGUAUUUCUGAUUCUGAUUCAUAGAAAUUCCACUGUAAUGUGCCUGCCAUAUAUGUAUUUCUUCAUGGUAUUGCAAUGUGUAGAUUUUUGUGAAUUCGUAGUCUUCUUGUGCUAACAUUACCUGCUUUGCUAACAUUGGUAGUAACACUUUAUUAAGUUAUUUAAACAUCUUGAUACAAGGAAAGCGCUGAAGGGCGAAUUACAAAUAGUAAUAUAUAGACAUGUGGACAGACGUCAGCAACAGAGAGGCAGGAGGUGGGAAAGGACUGGCUCCUUUCCCACCUCCUGCCUCUCUGUUGCUCAGUGAAUUUGACACAAUUUGUAAACCAAAAAGUACAGGUUUAAUCAUUGCUACUUUCCUUUCUCAGCUGACCCCAGGGGGGCUCUGUAAGCACUUCAUGUUGGUAUAUAUUUAAUGUUUUCAAACACUUACACUGAAAUGCUGCUGUCAUCACAAUAAUAUGUUUCUUGUCUGAACUGCAAGUGAUUACUUUUUAGACUCGGUUCACUCUCUGCAACACUCACUAAUUUAGAUGUCUUCAUUGAAGACAUAAUCGUUGCUAUGACUAUAUGUGUGUGUGUGUGUGUGUGUAAGUAUGUAUGCAAAACACCUAGAGACAAUUUUUAUUGUAAAAGGUGCUGUAUAAAUAAAAUUGAAUUGAAUUGAA